AUGUGUCCCAAGACCCCACACGGCGAUGCCCCCCAAGAGGAAACAGGCUGCAACAUCAUGCCUGGCGUCGCCGGCAAGCGUGUGCUGAUAACGGGCUGCGCCUCCGGAAUCGGCAAAGCCACCGCCGAAGUCUUCGCCGCGCACAGCGUGCAGAUGGUGAUAUCUGACAUCCAAGACGAAGCCGGCCAGGCUGUCGCAGAGCAGAUCCUCAAGGACAUCCCCAAUGCCAAGGUCAAGUACCAGCACCUCGAUGUGACCGUCCGAUCUGAAUGCAAUGCUGUCGUUGAAGCUGCAGUCCGCUUCCUCGGUGGUCUAGAUACUCUCAUCCACGCAGCGGGUCAUAUCCACCAAGACGCUGCAGAGAGUAUUGACGAAGUUGAAUUGGACCGUAUGUUGGACGUUAACGUCAAGGGAACUGUCUUCAUGAACCAGGCUGUCUUCCCCUAUAUGAAGACCAAAGGUGGUACGAUCCUGAAUUUCGGGUCUGAUCUUGCGUCGGAACCGCUACCACGUUUGGCUCAUUAUGCUGCGUCGAAGGGGGCGGUGCAAAGCUUUACUAGGGCUAUUGCGCGUGAGUGGGGCAAGUAUGGGAUUCGGGUUAAUGUGGUUCUGGCGGCUGUUUGGACGCCCAUGAUGGAUGCUUAUCGUGGGAAUUUCGAGGAUGAGCAUGUUUCUGGUCACGAUGCUUUUCUGAAAGAUCGGGUUUGUCUUGGGGAGAUGUUUGGGGAUGCAGAAAUUGAUUUGGUUCCUAUUCUGGCCUUUUUCGUUUCUGAUGCAGCCCGCUGGAUCACGGGUCAGUUGGUGCCUAUUAACGGUGGCCUGUCAAUGGUGCACUAA